GGCGGCAGGGACGGUCGGCUCCUUCUUAGGAAGCAAUCGGGAAAUGAAAAUGGGGAAAAGGGCUACUACCCGAAUAAAAAUAAGCCCACGAAGCCGGAACCUAGGGAACCUAAAUGCCUCGCGCUGCGCUUGUCCUGGGGAAUCCCUUGGUUUAUGCAGAACUAGGCAAAAUGACAACAGAGGAUGAGACGGAUAACCAUGGGAUCGAAGGAGGACCAAGCUUAGGAGGCAGUGCCGUGCACAACGAAGAGGGGCAGAAAGACAGAGAAUCAGCAAAUCCGGAUGGUACCAAAGGGAACCAGAAGGAAAUCUCCUCAGGGGAAAGCUCGGGGAAAGCCGGGGGAAGCAGGCAAGGGACUCAGGAGACCAAGGAGGGCAGAAAUAAGGAUAGAACAAGCCCCCGAAAUUCAGAGAGGGUCGUGUCUAAGAAAGUGAGGGUCACGGAUGCAAGGCGCAAACUAGCAGAGAUAAAAAAAAUGACCGCACAAUACAAGGCCAGCCCUAGGUUGCUCAAAGGACUUAGACAACUGAUGACUCGACGGCGAGUAGAGAUAGACGAAAACCCCAAAUCACCGGAAGGGGAAGGAGAGGAGGAAGUUCCGCAAGAAGUUGCUAACCUUCAAAGGAGUCGCGGGGAUUUGGAGGAUCUCGAGAAAGCCUUUGCGGACAUCCGCUUGAGCCUGCUAGACCGAGAAGGUGGCGAGUUCAAGAAGGAGGCCCUAGCCAUCUUGCAUUGCCUCAAGACCUUCCAGGCCUACCUAUUUGGGAGACGGUUCAUCCUUAGGAUAGAUCCGACGAAUUUUGCAGGGACCUUAAAGAAUUACAGGCCUAUAGAUCCGACGGUAGGAGGAUGGGUAGGAUUUAUCUGGCAGUUCGAUUACAAAAUCGAACGGAUUGCGGGGAUCAGAAACAAAGCCGAUGGGUUGAGUCGGGUCUGCGUCACUCCCGAAGGGCUGGAGGAUGCGGAGCCCAUAGACGUAUUCCUCGAAAACGAAGGAGGAACUAUUGCGGUGGAUAACGAAAUGAUGGGCGAAGAAUGCGCGUCGGGAGAACUAUUGAUCCGGACUCUGGAGAAGGCGACACCUGUCGUAGUAGCAGAGCUUAGAGAAGAACCAGUCACCACCCGAGAGGGCAAAGAGGAGAAAGAUUCGUGGGGAGCGAUUGUAGGACCGAAGGAGGAACUAAUAGCAAUGGCGGUUGAGGGAGGCCGGGAAGCUGUGAUGAGCAUAGUGAAAUCUUGGGAAAAGAAAGAGUUGCGAUGGAUGGUAAACCAGAUGCAGGAGAGAAAGGAUGAGGAUCAGGAAGGGAAGGAGUUUUUCUAUGCCCAGAUAUACGAAGGGAUCUUUCGAAAGAUUGGAUUGUUGCUGGUAGGAAAUAAGCAAUCCAUGAAAGUCAGCAUUAAAGCAAGGGAGGAGGCCGAAAGGUUAGAUGAUGAUAAGCGAAUGACUACGAAAGAGUUAAUCGAGGUGAGGUGUCAACAAGUCCUUAAGAACGAAGAGGUCAUGGAAGACAUCGCCAACCGGGUUCUAUACAGCAGAAUGAGGGACAAAGCAAGGUGGGACCAGGUUAAGAAUGUCAGAAAGGAGCCACUUCAGGUGGGGGAGACAGUAUUGCCAAGGAACUCGGCACUAGAAAGCACUUGGUCUGGACAGUUGGGGAGGAGGUUCAAAGGCCCCUACCGGGUCGCCAAGCGGGUAGGACUGAACACCUUCGAACUGGAAGAUUUGGAUGAAACUGGAUUGAAAUGACUCUUCUCGGGACAACGAUUGAAAAGGUUUGUAAGUCGGGACCCAGUGGAACAAUGGCUUCAAGAGACCGAGGAUAAGAAAACUGAG